AUGAAUCAAACUACCAGUACAUUACCUUCGGCUCGAAUACGGAGGAGACAUUUGCGAUUCUCACCGUCUCGCUUGCGGCAGCGUUUUCGGGGCUAUGACAGAGCCAUCUUUUUCAGCGUAUGGGUAUUGGCGGGCCUCUCGACCUAUGGAUUGGUUUGGACUUCCUUUUGGUAUCCAACUUCUCGAGUUGCUGAAAAUACAGCCAAAUCGGUCUUGGAAGAGGAUGCUUCAUUCUUCUUUUCUUCUCUUUCGAAUUCGAAACAGACAUUUCAUACGCAUAAACAGAAGAAGAUGAAGAAAGACGUAACAUCCAAGCGACUGCGAAAAGAGAGUUCAGUAAGGCUGAAGAAGUAUAUGGAAGACACAGAGAAUGAGUUCACUACCAUCGGCUUUUGGAUAAUAUUCAUAUUGUGGUGCUAUCAGAAAAUUAAGGACUGGUUCCCAAUUUCCACAUUACCAUCCACUAUCACGGAACGUCAACCAACAAGGUCGACAUCACCUUCCACUCCACCGUCGCAGACGACAACGAUGCAGAUUCGAAGGAUUCAUCGAGAAGUCAUUGUGCGAACGUUACAACGCAUCAAUCGAGAACGACAAGAACGAGAUGAGGGGUUGAUCUCUGUUGAAGCGAUUGAAGCAUUUCAAAAUGCCCUGCUCCAAGAUCAAGUGGUAUUUGAAGGGUUGCCAGAGCAAGGAGAGGGAACAGAGCAAAGAAAUCUGGGGGCAACACAAGAAGAGAUUGAUGCUUGCGUGAAGCGAUUACCGAACGAACACGACAACGAUUGCGAAUGCAUCAUUUGUUUGACCGAACUUGAUUCUUCAGAAAGGAAGGAAAUGUUGAGAGUCCUGCCGUGCAAUCAUACCUUUCACGCUUGCUGCAUUGACAAGUGGUUUGCAAAGUCGACUAAAUGUCCGAUUUGCAAGGCUUCGAUUCGAAAAGAGGAUGCUUCGUCAUGA